AUGCAAAGGCGACUAGGCGCCAAAUUGACAUGCUUCGUCGUGCAGAAAUAUGAUUUAGAGAAUCAAAUCUUUGUUAUAACGCUGCAGUCAUGCGCCGUGACCAAGCUUCCACAAGACCUUGGAGGCGUAGCUGUUUCGUCUUUGGGAAAUACAUUUGCAGUGCAUCAUUGCAUGCUUCUGGAGUCCGCCGGAGCACUAUCACGAGAUUUGUUGGCCCUUUGCUCCAGCGAAACAGCUCCUGUGCUCACCCUUUCCAUCUUAUCUAUCUACGCUUCUGCAGAGUCAGACGUGGCAAAGCUCGUCAAAUCCGCAUCCAGCAAGUGUUAUGCGCCUGCUUCUGGUGACGCGGAGAUGCCACUACUCGAUUGUUCUUCAAAUUCCCCCAUCUGGCCAAUCGGCCCACUUCUGAUCUUUCACCCGCAUAUUACUCUGUCACCGACUAGCCUACCUAGCUUUUCGGCCAUGGAUUGCAUCUUCUCUUUUUUCUCCUUUGCCAAGCCCACUACCUACCCUAUGCACCUCGGUACUGUUUUGCACAAUGUCGUACAGUCAAAAUUUGUUACUGAAGCAACAAGAGCCAAAACGAGUGACCAGUUAGCUAUGCUCAAGGCGGCAUGGAUUGAACUGGAGCUAGAACCAGACGAGUUACCGGGCGUAAUAUCCGCUUCAAAGAUUCCCGCUAGCAUGAAAGUACCUUACAGCCCUGCCUCUAUGAAAGACAAGAUACUGUAUGAACUGUUGAAGAACGAGCCUGUCAUCUCACUGCAAAACAAUGACUUAGAAUUCAUAGACGAGCGCGCGGCCAUUGACACGGUAUCUAAGUUAGCAUGCGAUGCUGCUUCAACUCGUGAAGCUUUGCAGGCCAGGCAUGUUGAGUAUUUUGUAGAGAAGCAUAUUGCCUCCACUGACUUGGGAAUGCAGGGAAAGAUUGACCUUUUCGGAUUGCUAAAGUGCGAAGAGACAGGAGAGAUUCAGAGGAAGGACAUAAUAGAAUUAAAGACUACUAGCACAAGCGGUGCGAAAAGAGAGGCACACUUUAUGCAAGCAUGCACGUACUUCUACGCCACAUGCCUCGAGCAAAAAGCUGCCAGCGACACUCUGCUAGGUUGUGAUGUGAUUGGUAUUAAGCAGGGUAGGUUUUGUCGCCCGUUUCAGUUAUUUGGGACUCAGAAAUUUGUUACAUGUGCAGAACUAGCCAAGAAACAGCCACACAAUCCUCUGUUCUACUUUCUGCAAUUAUACACGGUGUUCAGGGUCACAUACUUGCUCCUUCUGGAGCUCUCUGUGUACCUUGUCACUAUGGUCAAUGCCGAAGAGUGUUGUAUAGAUUCGCAACAAUUCUUUGACAUACUACGCAAGCACGAACCAAAAUAUCUCCGCACACAAGCAGAUAAUGCAUCAUUCUUGAGAUUCCUCUUCACGCCAGGAGGUCUAAAGUCUACCACCAUGACAUCUAUACGGAAGGAGCUUGUGUCUGCCCUUCUGGGAACAUAUCACCACAUUACUGGCGAUUCUCUAACUCCCCUAGCUGUUCUUAGCCAUUUCCACACGGUCAGAGUAGGGAACUGCUACUACUCUUUCGUUCAUCUGAAAUCAGGCUCUCUAACUGUGACCGAUAUGUAUCGUUUGCGUUUCCUUGUUACUACACACGUAUCCUCCAGCCCGUCACUCGAUCAAGCACAUUGUGUGGUUUCUAAUAUACUUAUGCGAGUGCUAGCAUGCGGCUCUUCCUCACAAAUGUACAGUCAAAUUGCUCUUUUGGAAUCCUCCUAUGAUCUUUCGUCAGUGUACAGCCCACCCGUUUCUGAGGUUGUUGGAGUUUGGGCUGCCUAUCCCCUACUUCCCAAUGGCACUGUGGCCGGCCGCUCUCUAUCCAUUCUCAUGUCGAGUCCUAUGCUCCGUCAACUUUCGUUUGAGGAGAUUAUAGAUGCGAUCGAUCAGAAGCUAUUGACGCUGGAGCGUUCCGUGCAGCACUGCCCUCUUAAGUUCUUGGAGGAUGCUGUUAAAGGCCCAUUCUACAAUGACUCCAUCUUGCUCCUAGUCAAUAAAGAAGACGCACAUAAAUUGCCAACAGAUCUGCUAGCUGUAUUCGCUAGACGAGGAAUUUGCACUGUCCCUGGUUCAGAUUGGCCGGCGAAGUUUUCUGAUGCAGAGCUUGUUAGCGUGAUAACCCGACAGAUCAGUCCUGCAGAUUUAUUCAGCAGCGUAACCUCAAAAUGCACGGCAUUCUCCAACUCACUAACAAAGAUGGCUGCUGUUGCCCCAAUGGAUUUACUGGAUCUACCUAUUCUGCGUCAAAGCUACGGAACGAUAUAUGUAUUCAUAGACUUUUCUAAUUCACAAGGCACAGAUAUGCUGAAUUACGCCGCAGUGUACAACGAUUUCUAUGCCGUCCUUGCUACGCUUCCUGAAUAUAAAAGAGUAUUCUUCAUAUGUUCUUGA